AUGAAAUUUGUAAUUGAUGAUAUUGAAGUCAUUUUCCCUUACAAAUUUCUAUAUAAAGAAUAAUUAGAAUAUAUGUAGGCACUCAAAUAAACUCUAGAUGAAAAAGGACAUGGAAUAUUAGAAAUGCCUACAGGAACAGGAAAAACAGUCUCAUUGCUAGCAUUUAUUAUAGCUUAUUUAGCAUAAAGACCUAAAACUAUUAAAAAAUUAAUUUAUUGUACACGUACAGUUGUAGAAAUGGAAAAAACAUUAGAAGAAGUCAGAUUAGUUUUGAAGGCAAGAAAAGCUGAAGGUCUUGUAGAUAAUUUUACAGCUGUCGGAUUGAGUUCAAGAAGAAAUCUAUGUAUUAAUCCAGAUGUUGUUAAUUAAAAAGAUAGAGUUGAUGCUGAAUGUAGAAAAAGAACAGCUGAAUGGGUUAAAAAAGGUUAAAGUGAAACAUGUAUAUUUUAUGAGAAUUUUGAAAAGUCAUCAAAAGAUGUUAUAGCUAAUCUACCUAAUGAUGUUUAUAGUUUAAAUGAUUUACGUAAAAAUGGAGCUUUUUCAAUUUAAUGUCCUUAUUUUACUGCUAGAGAAAUGGUUAAGAAGGCUAAUAUUGUUGUGUAUAAUUAUCUAUAUUUGAUUGAUCCAGGAAUAUCUUCAUUAUUAUCUAAAGAUUAAAUCAAAGAGAGUGUAGUUGUGUUUGAUGAGGCUCAUAACAUAGAUGAUGUUUGUAUUGAAGCCUAUACUGUGAGAUUGAAUAAACCCAUUUUGGCUGAAGCAAUCAAUAAUCUUAAAAUUGUAGAGACAUAAAUUUAGAGUGAAACAAAUGAAAUAUAAAAUAGAUUGAAUGAAGAAUAUAAGAAAUUAAUAAAAAAUUUAGAAAAUAAACCUGAAGGAGAAUUAAAUCAAUUAGUUAUUCCUGGAUAAAUUAGAAAAGCAAGAAAUUUCAUUGAUUUUAUGAAAAGAGUUAUUAAUUCACUUAGAAAGAAAUUAAAAGAUAAUUCAGAAGCAUUAAAAACAUCUCAUGCUAUUUUACAUAAUACUAAAAGUUUUACUGAAGAUAUAUAAAAAGAGGGAAAUCUAGAUAUUGAUUCUCUCAAAUAAUGUGGAGAAAGACUUAAUCUAUUAUUAAAUACUUUGUAAAUUGCAGAAACUGAUAAAUUUAGACCACUUAGUACUGUUGCAUAAUUUGUUAUGUUCUUAGUAUAAUAUUAAGAAGGAUUUAAAGUCAUAUUUUAAUCAAAUAAUUACGAAGGAACCUUAAAUGAAAAAUUAAUGACUUUAGCUUGUUUUGAUAGUUCAUUAGCAAUGAAAAAUAUCUUUACUACUUUUUAAUCUGUCAUUCUAACAUCAGGUACCAUGUCACCAAUUGAAAUUUAUCCAAAAAUCUUAGACUUUAAACCAGUUGUUGCCAAAUCUAUUGACAUUGAAUUAACUCGUAAUUCUAUUCAACCUAUUAUUGUAACUAUGUCAGAAGAUGGAACUGAAUUAACAUCAGAAUUUACUUUAAGGAAUAAUGAAGAUGUUUCUAGGAAUUAUGGUAAUUUUUUACUAGAAUUAUCUGAAAAUGUUCCUGAUGGACUCAUUGUCUUUAUGCCAUCUUAUAGUAGAAUGGAGGAAUGGGCAAGAUAAUGGUAAAAGGAUAAAUAUUUGGAAUAAAUUUCAAAAAAUAAAGUAUUAUUUAUAGAAUCAAAAGAUGUUAAUGAGACAUCUUCAAAAUUAUAAUAAUAUCGUAAAUGUUGUGAUGUAGGAAGAGGAGCAGCAUUAUUUUCAAUUGCAAGAGGUAAAAUUGCAGAAGGUAUAGAUUUUGAAGGUCAUUAUGGAAGAUGUGUUGCUGUAAUUGGAUUUCCAGCAUUAAACAGUAAAGACACAUUGAUUUUAGAAAGAUGUAAAUUUUUAGAAGAGAAAUUUAAAAUAACAAAAAAUGAUUUUAUAGAAUUUGAUGCAAUGAGAUAAACAUGUUAAUGUUUAGGUAGAGUACUUAGAGGUAAACAAGAUUAUGGAAUAAUGAUUAUGGUAGAUAAAAGAUUUGCUUAGAAAAGUAAAUUACAAAAAAUGCCAAGAUGGAUUUAUAAAUAAUUAGAUUAAUCUAGAUGUUUAAAUAUUACUAGUGAAUCUGCUAUUACUGUAGUUCGAGAUUUCUUUAGAUAGAUGGCUCAGCCAUUUAAAAUUGCUGAUAAUAGUUAUUUUACAUAAGACACAUUAUGA